AUGGCUUCACCAAUCCGUAACGUUGCCAUCAUCGGCGCGACUGGCCACAUGGGCUCUCAAAUAGCCAAGACCUUGCUCAAUUCCGGCUUUAAUGUCACAGCCAUACAGCGCUCCGAAUCCGCCAAGACCGUUCCCUCGGGAGUCAAGUCCAUCAAACUCGACUUGAAGGAUGUUAGCGCCCUCACUACAGCUUUUGAAGGCCAGGACGCGGUCAUCUCAGCUGCGCCGGACCCCAUCGUUUUGGAAAACCAGAAGCCAUGGAUCGACGCAGCCGUCGCUGCCGGGGUGAAGCGCAUCAUCCCUUCCGAGUACAGCACCAACGUGGACUCGCCGCUCGCCGAGGGCCUGCCCAUCGUCGUCGACAAGGUCCGUACUAGACGCUAUCUCAUCGAGCAGAUUUCCAAGACCGGCAGUAAGUCGAGCUGGAUGAGUGUCAACAACGGGCCAUUUUUUGAGCUCGUUCUUGGCUUCGGUGGGCUGGGUCCAAACUUCCGGAGCAAGACUGCUCGGUACCACAAUGGCGGCGACAACUUGAUCGGAACAACGAAAAUUUCGGAUGUCGCUGAGACAAUUGCCAAGGUCUUCCGGGAUGAGAGGGGACUGUACAAGGAGUCUGAGAAUAAGUCUUUGUACAUCCAUUCCGCUGCAGUCAGUGAGAAGCAGUUGACGGAGAUGGCGGAGACGGUGACGGGUCAGAAGUUUGAGGUGCAGAACUUUGACGUUGAGGACGUUUACCAGAAUGCCAAAGUCAAGUUUGCCGAAGGUGAUAGGUCGGUCUGGAUUGACUUUUAUUAUCAGAUGAUGUAUGGAAAGGGGUACGGAGGUAGUGAGAGCUUCCAGGAGAUGAGUUGGAACGACAAGGUCGGGUUGAAGACCAUGAGCAACAAGGGGAUCGAGGAUGGUCUCAGGAAGGCAGCUCAACAGGCAGGUUUGAUCUGA